AUGACCUCAGCAAUUCUCAACCAAGAGGGUGAUGCAGGUCCUGAUAGAAUCUACUCCUACAACAGCCGCCCCCGGGCUGUGCCUGCCAAAAGGCGGUAUCGAGAACGUGUGCAUCAGCCAGACGAAAGCCCAACUCGCUAUGGGAACCUCAUGUAUGACCGGAGAGUGGUUCGAGGCAACACGUAUGCUGCUGACACAUUGCCUUGGAGUCCUGAACCUGAUCCUGUUGAGAUUCAGAAGCAACGAGAAGCCCACAGGAAAAUGCUUGCCAGAAAGCGAGCAAAGGAAGAGCAGGAGCUGCAUGCCCCGGAAAUUGAGAGCAAAACGCGGGUCGAGGUGCAGACAGAAUUGUACCUGGAAGAGAUUGCAGAUCGCAUUAUUGAAACUGAUAUGGAGUGUCAAACUGAUACUUUCGUGGAAAGACCAGACACUCCGCUCUUUGUUCCACAGAAGACCGGAGCUGAUGCAUCUACACAAAUUGAAGAAGGAGAGAUCUUUGAAUUUGACAUCGAAGUCAAACCCAUGCUUGAAGUUUUGGUUGGAAAAACCAUUGAACAAGCUUUGGUAGAAGUCAUGGAAGAAGAAGAACUGGCCAAUCUUAGGGCCCACCAAUAUGCAUAUCACGAACUGCGCAAUGCAGAGAUUGCUGAAAUGUAUCGCCUUGAAGAACAAGAGAGAAGACACAAAGAGGAAAAGGAACGCCGUAAGAUGCAGCAGACUGAAAUCCAAGAUAAGCAAACAAGAGUCAGUGAGAAAGUUGCAGCUCGGGCAUUUGCUCUGCAGUACCUGUCAAACCUCAUUCCUUCUGUCUUUACUAAUCUUCAGAAAAAGGGUUUUUUCUACGAUCAAAUAGAAAGCGAUGUUGAAGAAGGAUUUCUUCCAUACUUGAUGAAUGAAGCAGAAGAGAUCAUGCAGAAGAGAAUUCAUGGAAGAGUAAUGGCAGACUGGAUAAUUAGUGAGGUGGUUGGAAAGAAGCUGGAAGACUUUGCUGAGUAUGAGAUGUUUGACCGGUAUCACAUAGAUAAACUACAUCAGCAUUCCUUCCGAAAGGGAUCUUUUGGACCCUCUGAUCUGUUCUAG